UUUUAGAAUACGGCCGGACUGUCGAUAUUCAUUCAAACCUUCUGUCGACGUUAUACAUUUGGAGCUCCAAUUUUGAGACUCUGAGAAAUACGAUCGAACCGAUUAUGAUAGUUAUAUAUAUAUAUGUGUAUGUAUAUCUAUAUAUUAUGUAUAUAACUUGAGGAAGGAUAAGAGCGGUCGAUUGGUCUUAUAAGUGUUUACGACCAUUGAAUAAUCGUUAUAGAAAAGUUUAAUAUGUCGGACUAAGUCGAAUAUCGCAGAGAAACGAUUAGGAAGGAUGAUUUUUCUUAAAUGCACGGAUCGUGGUUGAAUAAUCAUUAGCGUAGUAAAGGAUCCCUUUUGAAUAUCAGGAUGCUAUUUUUAUCGGUGGAAACCUAAAUACCGAAUAGCACGCUCUCGUAGAGGUGCGCGCUUUUACGUCUAUGUAUGCGUGUAACACGUACACGCUGACACACAUUUUGCUUUUCUCAAUUGACAGUUGAGUCGAUCUCGUUUAAAGUAACAAUGCGCGUUGGCGUAUCUUCUUGAACUCUUAUACAUAAAUUCAAUUCUAAGAAUGUAAUCAUCCUACGAUAAUCGUUCAAUCGUAAAGUUAAACAUUUGUUAGAAAAUGAAAUGUUUAAAAAGCACUCCUCGAUCUUAGGAUAGUUUUAAUCUUUAAGUAUUCGAAUAGACGUAUAUGCAUGCAUGUAUGUAUGUUGUAUGUAGUAUGCAAGUGCCGUCCGUUCGAGCUCGGAUUUCAAAGUACCGCCGGCAGUGUGCUUGAAACCGUAUAUGCUUAGUAGCCUUGAUCCUUUCACCGUUAUAAACCGAUUAUUGGACUUUGAUAUUUACUAUUUUAGAUGGGACGUAUAUGAGCGCGCGAAUAACUUUUCAUAAAUGAAAUAAUAUCGAUAAGGAAAAGGUAAAGGUUAAAAAGUUAAAGCUGUAAACAUCGAGUAAGUAGAUCUUCCUCCUUUUAGUCAGACAAGAGAAAAGUUGGAAGAGGAGGUUAGAGUCGUAAGGGGAAGAGGCGCGCUUUUUAAAACGUUAACACGAUGAUUCCUCCUUUUUGACCGAUUCGCAGCGUUAAUUCGUCGUUCGAAAUUAAAGAUACUCGUAGUUGUUAUUUCGUGGUGUCAACGUUGUUAUUAUUAUUGCAAAAGGGGGGUGGAGGGAGUCGAUGACGACGGGGCCAUCGUACACCAUCGUCAUGGCUCGUUCGUAUCGCGAAACGAAACCGUUUUGGAUCGUGGCACCUACCGAGAAUAACGAGAUACAAUAAUAUAACGUGAAUCACACACCAGGAUACCGUAUUAGUACACCGUGUGACGUCAUAGUGGAGAACAUCAUCCUUAACCGCGUCACGCACCGCUAAACCCGACCUUCGUCCGACUAUACCUACUUAAGCUUUCCUUUCGCAUUCCAACGACCUAUUGAAGAAAUGAGUUUCUCUCCCUCUCUCUCUCUCUCGCUCUCUCCCUUUAAAACAAGUCUCGAGUAAUCGAGUAAGACAAGAUCUUGUAAACUCUUUUUUCUUUUUUCUCUUUCCUUUCCUUUUCUUUUCUUUUUCCUUUCUUUUCGUUUUUAUGUCAGCGAUAAUAAUAAAAAAAGAAAAAAUCCAUCUUCGUUGCCCCGUUUCUGUAAUAACCCUAUGCAAAUUCUACGACAAUCUAGUAUAUCUAUUUUCUAUACUUAAUACUCUCAUCGUUCAUCAAUUUGGAAGUUUGCCUUUCUUUCGGAAGAUAGAACUUUCACAAGACAGAUCGUAGAACGUGAAUUCGUAUAAAGAUAUGGGAGUCAUUAGGACGUCGGCCCUGAGGCUGGUCUGCCCACGCGACGGGUCUACGUGCUCUGCUAAAAAUAUCGAAAGCGCACCACCGAUCGAGUAUCGAGAAUGAUUUCGUACGCGCACGUGUUUCUUUCCCCUCCUCUAUAUACUCCGUAUACUACCGAUCAUCGGUGACGAGAACGAGUGAUAUCUCUUCUUGAUCCUACCAUUGUUCUCUUUCUCUCUCUCCCUUUUUUCUUUUUUAUCUUCCUCUUGUAUAUAUAAAAAUAAAAAAGAACAUGAGAGAAUUAAAAAAAGAAGAAGAGAGAAAAACAAAGAACAAAUCGAUACUUCGAUGACUCAUAUAAGUAGAUAAUUUUUAAUGGAGAAUUAAGAAAACGCCGUUCUUUAUUUCUCAAUGAAUAGUAAGGAGCUUCAUUUCAGUGAAUUUUCUUAGUCUCAAGAUACGUUUCAGUUUCUCGACGACCCUCUAAGAUUAUUAAGUACUGUUAGACGACAAGUGUACGGUUCAAAAGUUGCGACGAUACGUUUAUGCAUUGCAUCUUGCUAGCCAGUAGUCGCGAACAUCAGAAAAAGACAGAUAGACAGACAGACAGACGGAGAAAGAGAGAAAGAGAGAGAGAGAGAGAGAGAGAGAGAGAGAGAGAGAGAGAGAGAGAGAGAGAGUAGAGGAGGGAGUGAAAGAUGGGGAGAAGAAGAGAGGCGGAAGGGGUCCAACGGACGGGAAAAUGAACUCAGAGCAUGAAUGCAUCGCCUUCUAAAAUAUGCAGACGGCAUUGCGCUAUGUAUGCCAGUCGCUGAAACUCGCUAGGAAAGGAUGAGUCUUCCCGAUUUUCUUCUAACUCGUUACACGUGACACGCGGAAAUGCUUUCUCUUUGCCUGCCCAUUUUCCUUUCAACGCUUGAAACGAUCUCAAAGCGGGACAUUCGAAUCUACAUGCGUUACGUAUAAUUUGGUCGAAUAAAAAAAAAAAAAGAAAAAAAAGAAAAAAAAAUUAAAAAGCAAAAAAGAACGUAGAAAAAUUGAAUAAUCAAAAAAAAUUAAUAUCGAGAAGUCAGAAAUAUUUUAUCUAUUUGACUUAAUCGGUAGAAGCAAUAAAAUCGAUGGCUCCUAGAUCCAAGGCAAAUGGCCAACCUUGGAAUGUUCUAGUCGCUCUUGCUGUCCGUAUCUAUUUUAUGUAUAUAUCAAUAGAAGCAAUACGAAAAUAUAUAAUAACGUGUGAAUUAUAGUUCGGUAGUCGAGUUGGUAAAAGCUCUCGACAUUGUUAAAUUAUAUAGAGUAACAUUAUUCGAGGUCUUUUCGUUUUUAGAAUGGUUCAAUGAAUUGCGAUAAAGAUCGGAUGUUCAAGUAUAAUAUUCUUCUGGUUGUAACGUAAGUGGUAAUAGUAACGUAACAUUUUUGGCAUCGAUAAUGCAGAACGGAGCUAAAAUAUUGUAGAUCAUAAAUAACAAGCAAGAUGGUCGUUGGCGAAGCUAGUAUACAUAAUAUAAUGGGAGGCAUGGAGAGUACAGGAGGAGUGCGUCUUCAUAAUCACAAGAGGAAAUUGAAGCAAAGGUUUGACAUUAUCAAGAAACUGGGCCAGGGAACUUAUGGCAAGGUCCAAUUAGGAAUUAACAAAGAAACGGGCCAAGAGGUAGCUAUAAAGACAAUAAAAAAAUGUAAGAUAGAGACAGAGGCUGAUCUGAUUCGGAUACGAAGAGAAAUACAAAUCAUGUCGAGCGUACAGCAUCCUAAUAUCAUUCACAUUUAUGAAGUUUUUGAAAACAGAGAGAAAAUGGUAUUGGUUAUGGAAUAUGCAGCCGGUGGUGAGCUCUAUGAUUACUUGAGCGAACGUAAAGUUUUGUCCGAACAGGAAGCACGAAGAAUAUUUCGUCAGAUAGCAACUGCAGUUUUUUAUUGUCAUAAACACAAAAUAUGCCAUAGAGAUCUUAAACUAGAAAAUAUACUUUUGGAUCAAAUUGGAAAUGCAAAAAUUGCUGACUUUGGCUUAUCAAAUGUAUUUGACGAACAAAGAUUAUUGAGUACAUUUUGCGGUAGUCCAUUGUAUGCAAGUCCCGAAAUAGUAAAAGGUACACCUUAUCAUGGACCUGAAGUCGAUUGUUGGAGUUUGGGAGUUCUUUUAUAUACAUUGGUUUAUGGUGCCAUGCCCUUUGAUGGGUCCAAUUUUAAGCGACUAGUCAAGCAAAUCUCACAGUCUGAUUAUUUUGAACCUAAGAAACCUUCUCCUGCUUCCCCUCUGAUUAGGGAUAUGCUCACAGCAUGUCCUGCUAGACGAGCAGACAUUGAAAAGAUUUGCAGUCAUUGGUGGGUAAAUGAAGGCUAUGAACAAAAUUGUCUGGACAUUGCGGAAGAUCUCGCUGCUCAAACACCCGUUCGACUUGACUUGUUACUAUCGUUAGUACCUCAAUCGGCUAGCGCAGAGAAAUUACUUGUAGGCGAUCAACAAACAAGCGGAGAUGUCGCAAAUAAUAUGUCUUCCGAAACGCUAGUACCUACGAGAUGUCACUCUGUUGGUAGUCUAAUGGAAUUCGAUCAAAAUAAUUCAGAUAGACGAAUAAGAGAAUUAUUUGAGGAAGAAAAUAGAGGAGCAGCAGCAGCAGCAGCUACAGAUGCGAAAAGAAAAUUAGAAACUACGCCAUCGAUGGAUGAGACAAUUGCGGCGACCGUUAAAAAGAAAGAAAGAUCUAGGAGAAAAGAAAGAUCAGACGAAAGAGAGCCUAGAAUGUAUAGAUCAACGUCCAGGCAUCAUUCAGCACCGAUUCCAAACUCUAUAAUGGAAGAAACGAUGGAAGUAGAGCCUACAGCGAUUGUAACUGUUCCUACAAGUAAGACUGUUGAUUUAAAUAAAGUAGACGCGGCAGCUUGUUUAGAAUUAAUAGAAGAAUCUAAAGAAAAAUCACCUAGCAAGGAGAGAAGUAAGACCCCUGUACCUAUGGAGCAUGAACAAUUAUCCAAAGAAAUGUCUGCUAAAAAUAUUGAUAGAUUUUAUGAUACUAGUCAAAAUGAAAAUAAGGAAAGUACGUUACAAGAGACGUAUUCAAAGACGUCAGAAGAAAGUAAUCAUCAACAGGAAAUUGCUUCUUUAGAAAAGAAUAAAAGUACACAUGCAUUACCAAAUAAAGUAGCGUCAAGUAAGGAAUUAAACGAUACUUCCAAAAUAAAUGUGCCAAAUAAAGAUAAUUUAAGUAACAAAUUGGAAAUCGAUAAUUCGCUUCGCUCUGUUUCGGAAGAUAUGAAACAAAUAGACUCUAUGGAUAAAGAAAUUAAGAAGUUAAAAGAAAGAGCGUUGUCUCUUGAUUCUGAACUUGCCAACGAAGUAGAGGAUGUAGUUACGAAACCCGUCGAAAGACGGCGAUCGAAAAUCUUUGAAACUGCAGAGAAGUUCAAUCAAAUGACAUCCAAUAUAGAAAAUGAAAAACCGAAGAAGAUUUUCAUUCCUGGUGUUAACGUUGGUGGUGCCAAGCGUGCCUUUGAACGCAAAGCAAGUCUUACAUCUGGUACCAGUCUUACACCGGUUAAACAUAACGCUUCUAAAGUUAUUAUCGAUGUAGAUAAGAAAUCUGAAAAAAUUGACGAUAAAUCAAAACUCGUUCAGGCUAAUGUAGAUACGGAGGAAAAGUCGAAUAAGCGAGAUGAAGCUAAGAAACGAGCAAUUGAUAUAAUAUCCGGUGCAAUUGGUAAGCCACCUGUGCUUCGAAAAGUUAAUGGUUCUCCACCAACCUCUCCUCAAAAUCAAGAGUCUAAAAAGAUAGGAUUAAAGAUACCAGUAGGUCCGAACGAUAUUAGGGCUGCAACGGUAUCGGUAUCUACGCCAACUGAAACCAAAUUUUCAUUUGACAAUAAUUCCAUUUCGUCUGACAUUACUACACCUACUACAUGUGAGAUAUCCAAUAGUGAUAAUUCACAAGCCGAAGAGCCAAAGUUAUCCAGCAAAAUGGAAAUAACACUUAAAAGUGCCACUUUACCACGACCACGAAAAACGAGUAAAGCGGAAAUUACAUUGUCAGGAAAUAAGAUUCCAGAUACGGUUGCUUUUAAAUCAGAAGUGGAGGCAAAAAUCGAUGCUUUCCCGUCGCAGAAGUUAAGAACACAAAGAUCUGAAAUAGCAUUUCCCGUGGCUGCAGUAGUCCCACAGACAAAUAGAAGUUCUAGUCUAGAACCAGAAAUAAAACCAAAAGUUCAACCGCGGGAAAGGAUUAUUCCUAUUCAGGUUGAGCCAGAUCAUCAACAUGUGCAACAAUCGCCUACUACUCCUCCCAAACCUCCGAUGCCACAGAGAUCUAUGUCCCAACGAUCAGGAUCUUUAUCUCGUCAAUCAACAGCAGACUCCGAUACCGACAGUGCUCUUGGUUCAACGAUAGGACCAGAACCAAUAAGAAAAAGCCCAAGGGAAUAUAUAAUUCCUAUUGCUGUAGAAGGUGGUGGCUAUGUUACACCCAGAUCUGGUAGUGUUGAGCCAGAAAGUAAAACUGGCACGCCAACUAGUACAAAUGCGCCAAGAUCUAGAUUCAGUAGACCAAGAAGAAUGAGUUCUCUUUUAUCUGAUGCUAGCGAGGAUGAAUCACCAUUUUCUACUUUACAUAGAGAUAGCGAAGAUCUUUUACAAAGGCAUAUGCACAGAUUGCGAAGCUCUCGGCCAUCUAGACAACCAUCUGAGCAUGGCGAUAGUUUAUCUUCCGGCGAAGAUGACGACGACGAUGGUUUCGAGCUAUUAACAGCUGAAAAUUUGUUUUCUACUUUAUUGUCUAGAGUACGAAGCUUGACACAAAGACUUAACGUUGAUGAUAGAGGCAGUAGUAGUUUUCCAAGUAGCCGAUUAUUGGGACGACUUGGAGUUAAUUCGCCACAAAAUUUUUGGAGUCAUAAUAAGCCAUUAUCAAGCCACGAGACCUACUUUGAAACAAGGACCGUGACAACGCGACUGUCCGAAUCGCAGUUCAAACAUUCUCUAAGCCGUGACAGUGAUAUAUUUGGCAGAAAAGAUUCUACCAGUUCAAUAAAUCCUGGCUCUCCUAAUAGUCCGGGUUCUCACAACGCACCUUCUUCGAGGGAGAGCGUUUUUGAAAUUGGAAGCAAUACAUUACCACGAGAUAAAGUAGAACAUGAAGACAUAGAAGCGGAGACGGUACAAAUCAGAAAAGAGGCUCAAGAAUCCUUAGAACAGAAUUUUACUCCUAGUUUGGCACGAAGAUUAAGCAGGCAAUUUAUAGAACAAACUAGACAAUCAUUACCAAGAUCGUCAUCGAUAUCAUGCGAGAAGUAUUAUCAAUCUCCGACUAGGGAAAAUUUAAGUUUAAUAGAUACGGCCGAGAGUAUUAAAAGACAUUCUAGUUCAACUACGUCGGAUCAAACGGAAUAUAGAAGUAGAUCGGCCGAUAGAAAUAUUCGAAGAACUAAUAGUUUAUUGGAAGCCGGAAAUAAAGCGGAUAAACUAGAUUAUCGAUUUUCUAGAAGAAGUAUCAGUCUCUUUGACGAUGACGAUAACUUGUUACCACUUCCAAGACAAGUCAUGACUCUUGGUAGAAAGUAUAAAGAAAUUGGAAGAUCGAAUUCUGGGAAUACUUGGAGAGAUACUUUUAGUGUUCAUAGAACGGAUAAAAUUCAAGAAGAAUCUCUAGAAGAUACAUCACAGUUGCCUAAGGAUGUAUUAAACAAUACGGAUAAUAAUCUAGAUGCUGGUUCGGUAUCCGAAUGUACUUCAGUAUCUAUAUGUAAUUCAAACACUAAUUUGGUCGAUACUACAUCUAGUAUAUCGAUCAAAUCUCGCGAUACAUCCCCUGCUGAUUCGUCGUCAAAUAUAAUUGAUUCUGGUAAACCAUCAUACAGAAUGGAUUCGUCGAAAAAUUUUGAAAAUAGACUUUUGGCAGCGGAGAAUCUGAUAAAGGAAUCAAAAUUGAAAAAUUUAGGACCAUCGAAGUUCGAUCCCAAUUUAAAUUCUAAUUACAAAGAAACCGAUAAAUGCGACAAAGAAUCUUUAAGUUCAAUCUCGGAUGCACCUAACAUGACCAUAUCUAAGAGACGCAGUUGCAUUCCAAGUUUAAGAUUACGUUCGGGUUCCUUAACAAGGGAUCCUUGUAUAGAUAGUGAUAGGAGAAAAUCAUUUGCCGGAUCGCAAGGAACUCUUUCGAACAUUAGAGCAUUGUCGCCAGAAAAGUCUAUUUUAAGUAAAUUCUUUAGAGGUGGUAGCAGUAAAGAGAGUGAUUCAAAGGACAAAUCUCAGAAACCGAAGCAACAUCGAAUUUCACGCUUUUUACGGCCAGACUUCUUUGAUACUCCACGGGAAGAAAGUAGAUACGUUAAAGAAAAAGAAGCGCAAAAGGCUGCGGAGAACGAACGAAGAAAAUCUAGAUUCAUGAAAAAAAAAAGUGAAAAUAAAAGCGCUGAAUGUAAGCAAGAGACAAAGCCAGAGAAAGAAUUGAAAAAUGAGAUGAAUUCACUUAAAAAAGAUAAGUCUGAUAUUUCAUCGGACGAUAAAUCUAAUAAAGAUGAUAAUACGAAAUUAAAAUUUGAAAGGCAAUCCUCAAGAAAUAGUUUUCUACAUUCUUUAGAAAAAAAAUUAGAAAAGUUUCGUGUAACGGAUGAAACACCCAAAUCUUCGUCCAAUGGUGGUCUCUUGAUCGAUCAAAAAGUAAGAGCUUUGAGAGAGAACUCAGCGCCUCCAUCAGAUUCUUUGUUCACAGAAUCAAAUUUAAUCAAAAGGGCAAUUAGCGUUGAGGAUAUGUCUUCGAAAGAAAAUUCUCUUAAUUCUAGAAAAAGUAGAGUAUCAUCUGUUCUAGGAUUGUUUAAAAGUUCUGACGUAAAACAAAAUUCAAACGCAAUCAAAUCGCAAAGUACUAUAAUAGGUAAGUUAAAGAAAAGUCCUCCUAAGCUUGUAAAAACGGACGCUUCUUCGACGAAUGAGGAUACGUCAUCCACAAGUAAAAUUCCAAUGAAAAUGGUUAAAAAUGAUUCUAGAUUAAUUAAGAAACCUACAGAAGGUAAAAAACCUUUGGAUAAUAAUAUAACGGAAUCGAAAAAAUCGCAAUAUAAGGACAAAGUAAAAGAAAAAGAUACAAAUUCGAAAGAAAGAAAGAUGUCUAAUGAAAAACUGUUAAAAACAAGUGGAGAGGAUGAAUCGGAAAUAGAUAAAUCAUCGCCAACAGAGAUUUCAGUUGAUAAGGAAAUAGUUAAGAAAACAAAUUCAGGUAAAAAGGAAGAUGACCCUAAGCUCAUUUCUAAUCCACCAGAAACUCGUAAAGUAAUGGACAAUGGUGCCGCAGAAGGAAACAUUUCUAAGCGAGAGAAGAAAGUAAUAAAGACGAAGAAGAACAUAGGAUCUGUAAAAAAGAUCGGCACUGGAGUUACGAAAGCAGAGAAAGAAGAAAAUGGCGAUAAGAAAACAUCAAAAAUCAGUAAAUUAAAGGAACCUGUGCAAAAGGAAGAGGCUGAAGGUACUAAGAAGAAAAAAAUUGUACGUGUGGUUAAGAAAGUAGUCAAAAAAUCGUCCGAAAAUUCUGAUAAUAAAUCGGAAGAAAAAGCAAAAGUUUUAAAAUCUAUCGUAAAAGGUAAUACCUCGCCUAAAAAAGAAAAAAGUCCAGAAGCUCCGGCGAUCAAUGCUGAUUAUCCAAAUGAACGUAAUUCUGACUUACAAAAUUCAACGAAAAUUACAACUAGCGAUAGUUCCAUUCAAGAAACACGAACAAAGUUGAAAGGAAAUCUUUCUUCUGUUGAUGCAAUAUCAAAUAAAUCAGAACUAAUGGCAUCUGGAAAUAAUUCAAGUAAAAGUCCCGAUUGUAGUCAAAUAAAUGCUACGGACUCUGAUGUUACUCAAACGAAACAUACUGAUACACGAGGUAACAGAGGAAGUUUAAAGCUUGACUUAUCUAAAAUACCUCAGCACACAUUCAGAAAUGCCACCCCUAAAAAGGAAUCUCCGAAAUGUGAAUUGAUUAAACCAAAUGUCAACGUGCUAUCUCAAUCUCCAAAAAUAAAUGAAACCAAUGCUGAUAUUUCUUCUGAAAAGUUCUUAGAUUCUUUAUCAAAAAUGACACAUCAUGCUACUAUCACUGGUAACAAAAUAAUUAUUGAUAAACCGUUGAGAGCUAAGGAUGUUGCUGAAUUGAAGAAAGAGGUCAAUGAAUGUGCAAGACUUAUUGAAAAUCAAAUAGAAUUACAUAAUGAUAUUGUGCCAUCUAACGAAGAUAUUGCCGUGAGAAAGGAGGAUGAAAUUAAUGCAAAAUUGCAUACUCCCCUAAAUAAUAUUGACGAAACUGAACCCGUAGAUGAAAAAGAUAUUUUCAAAGAUACAACGCAAUCUACCAACAUGAAUACUUAUGCAGACGAAGUGACUUCACCUGCCGAUGAACCAGACAGUUUUGAUUCUUGGUCGAUAUGUUCGGCCGAUAUGAAUCACACGCGAGCCGAUUUAAGUUCACCUACUUCACCCUCGUAUUCUCUUUUCUCGCGUGGAGAUCAGGGAGAAUCUGUAAUAGAUAGAAUACGAAGGAGAAGUUUUUAUUUAAGAUUUAAUGAUAGAAGAAGGCCUUCCUUAACAGUACCACCACCAGGAAUAACUUUACCAAGCAGCACAUUACCAAGAAAAUAUAGUUCUAGUAAUUCGAGAGACAGAGAUCGUAGUAAAUUGAAUAGUUAUCCUUCAUCCAAUAAAAAACUAAUGCAAAGAAGUUAUAGCCUACACAAUGAAGACAUACCGUCAUAUAGAAAAUCACCAAUCGAUAAAGAAAAAUACACGGAUCUAGUGUCAUACAACACAGAAGUUAAAACACCCACUGAACAUUAUAGUACCUUUUCACAUUCAACAUACGAUCCAUUACGAAAAUAUUUAAGAUCUCCGACAUUAGAAUUAUCUACAGCACAUAAAAGGUACCACAGUACAGACUUUAGUAUGGACGAUGAAUUAGGAGCAUAUAGAAAUUCUUCCCUGAAUUCUAUAUUAAAUAAUAAUCCAGUAGAAUUUUAUGGAAGUAGAAAUUCUAGUAUGCUACCGAGAAAAUACGGAUCUACUAUUACCUCCACAGAACCAAAGACAGUAGAAUAUUAUGAAGAAUUGUUGUCUCCAAGUAAUCCAGAAUAUCUAACAGUACGAAAAUCUCCAUUGUCCAAUGAAUACCUAAACAGAUCCGAAAAUGGUUAUUACAAUAUAAAUUCAAUUAAAUCUAAAACAUGUAUAGCUAAAACAAAAACAGAAUCCACAGAAGAAAUUAAUAAAGAACUUGAAGAACAAGGAAGAAUAACAAGUCAAUGUAAUAGUGAAUCCAAAGAUAUGCCUUCAACUUCAUCAGAUUUGCAAUCAAUUAUUCAUAAUACUGAAUAAAGGAUUAUUAAUAAUAUGAGGAACAAUAGAGAGAGAGAAAGAAAGGAGCAUCCUUUUAUAUUAUAUAUUUUUAUCCAGUCAAAAAGUAUAUUUUUCAAUUGCUAUAUCCAUCUAUUUGUGUCUUAGAUUUUUACAAUAAUCCAGAAUGGAAGUAAUUUAUGCGAUAUUUUAGAGAAAUUUUUAUUAGGCUUUUAAAUAUUUCAUGGAUAUAUGAAUCAGUACCAACAAUGUUAAGUUUUAUUUGAAUAUAUUAUAAAUACAUGCUUUCACGUUUAAUAUAUAUUAUUAUUUCGAGCAUAAAUUCUGAAAGAGUAAUAAAGUACUAUAUAAAACUUUAUAUCAUCCGUGUAAAGUAAUGUAUCAAACUUAAACGUGAAAGCAAUAAUUAAUGUUAUAAUGUUUUUAUAUAACAAGUCUAUUUUAAGUAAUUUUAUCUAUAUAUUUCAAGCUUCUUUGUAUGAUAAGAGCUCUGUUGCAAAGACAAUAUACAUGAUGAAGUAACAAGAAAGAAAUAUUGUUAAAUGAAAUGAAAUUGUCGCGCGUGUUUAAUUAAAAUAUUUUCGAAUGUUAUCUAUUCUCUCUUUUAUUGCAAGUACGAUUAUGUGGUUACAUAAAUUUAUCAUGAAUGACAUGAAUGUUAUAUUAAUCAUUUAGUUCUUAUAUUUCUUGGUAGUUGUGUCAAUAUUUGUGUUUUACCUUUUUUUUUCUUUUUCUUUUUUUUUUUUUUUUUUUUUUUUUUUUUUUUUUUUUUUUUUUUAUAAUAGCUUUAAACAAAAAGCUAUAUGUAUACAAUCUAUAUAUUUAAUGCUUAUAUUUAUCAAAAAAGUGUUAAGGCACACUAACAAAGUAUCUUUAUAGAAUGAUCAAUUUCUCCUUCUUUUCUGCAAAAAAGAAAAAUCAAUUAUGUGAUUGAUAACAUAAUGUCAAAAUGCAAAUAGAAUUAGCAUAGCAUACAACUGCGUUCUUACUAUGAAAAUUCCAGCAUAUAGUUUAUCAAUACAAUUGUACUGUAUAGCAUACAUAUAGCAUUGUGUUUCCCAAAUAUAGUGACAUUGUUUUAUGAAGGAUAUUGUAAGUUAUGUAAGUGCGGCAUUGUAUAUAACAUUCACAUUCAAGAGUUCGUUUGUUUUUUUUUUGUAUCAACUAUAUCAAAUUUAAUAAUAUACAUAUAAUAUUAUUUGGACUUAAAUAUUUAUAGAACUAUAAAAGUGAUAUUGGCAGUCAUGGAUCGUACAUUGGAACAAAAAAAUAUAACAAGUUAUAUUAAGUUGUUGUAAUAAUAUCGGGAUAAAAAUAUCUAAUGAAACUCAUUUAUUUAGUUCUAUUAGACAUGUUCAGAACAAUCUUAUAAUUUAUACAAAAACUCUGUUGUUGUUAUUCAUAAAGUAAUAACUUUUGUUAAAAGAAAAAAAGAUAAUGAUAUAUGUAAAAAUACUGUUUGAAAGUAUGAGAAACUAAAUAGGAUUUUGAUUCCUUGUAGCAAUGUUGCCUUAUAUUUGAAAAGACGAUUGCUGGUUAGAUCAAUCAAGGUGUGAAAGAAAGUUGAUGUUUGUAUAGAAGCCUCUGACUGAUCAACCAUAGUCUUCCGCUUGUUAUGUAUGUGUUUUCUAUUGAUAUACACAUUUUAAAUAAAUAUUAAUAAUUGAA